GAGAGAUAUGGAGGACGCAAAUCAACCCGCCGCCGCCGGCGAUGAAAUCCGUUGGGUUUGGUGGGGUGUAGGAAGCGUCAUUCUAACGGGCUGCGGCAUUUCGUCGCUCCGGAGAGGCUACGACGGAUCCUGUGGUCUGAUGCCGCUUAAAGCCUUCGCGAUCGCCUCCCUCUUCGUCGGCUCCGCGGCCGCAGCCUCCGUUUCCGCCCUUCACGCUUCCGGCAUCCACAAGGUUGUCGAGGACUUCGUUCAUGCAGGGGCAAAUUUGAGGGCUCGACUUGGGAUUCCUUCAAGACCCCACCACCACAAAAGGAAUGAAUGAUUCAGCGAUUGUGUUCGUAGCGUGUGUUU